AUGGGCGGAAUCCAGCCGCACCCAGCCGUCAUUGCCACAGUCGUUGCUGUUCCCGUCCUCGCCAUUGCAGCACUCGUCAGCUCCAUUGUCAAGGGCUUCAAUCUGCGGCAGGCCUUCCUGGAGAGAACUCGCUCGCCCGAUCUCGAAGCGAGCCUGAGCUCAGGAUCGAUCGACAGCAUCACCACGACUGAAAGCAAGUUUAUCGGCCAAGAUCUCUUCUCGAAAUCUGUCACGCGCAUUUCGUUUCCUGAACCAUUGCAUCAUGCCGGCAGCCCCCUUCGUGUCCGGUUCGCAUCUCAUGUGGCCAUCCCCUCUCAACAUCGUCAAAGAACGUCCACGAGGGGCCAGUAGUAUGCGUAGUGUCAACUGCUCGCCAGUCCGUAGACGAUACGCCUCGCCCUCCGACCAGGAUAGUGAUCAGACCUUGACCGUUGUCAAACGACGCGAAAGCCAGGGAAAGAAGACGUCCCCAGCGUUCCGCAAUCACGGUCCGGGAUCCGGUGCUUUUGACCAGAGCAGCACAGUAUUUGGCUCUUCAACUUCGUGGUCAAGGCCAGCACUAUCAACGAUGGCAAAUGGUCACAAUUGCAGCCUGGCGCAAGAGGAAACGAGCCAGGGAGCCUCGCGCUCGCCUGAUAUUGAUUUCCGCUUUGAAGUCACGGCUCCGUCCUUGGGUGAAGACCUAUCCAAUUCAUACGGCAAUGGUUUAGGACUGCAUGCUGGCGGAAGAGGAACGCGAGAACACUCUAAUCUGGUCAAAAGUGCUCACAUCCCUUCGUAUACUGAAGUGAGCGACGACGAAGAGCAACGGACGUUGAAUCCACGGCUGGACCGAUGGCCACCUAGAUACGUGCACUUGCUUGAGCCUCGGAUCAAGAUCACCCCAGAAUCUCGGGUCGUAGCAAUCGAGGGCAAUCGCUUGUGGGUGGCGAUAGAAGUUCUUCCGCCGCAAACAAAUUCACACUGGCUGAAUCCGAACAACUUCUCCGGCCCCAGUCGGUCCUCAUCCAGCUCUACCGCCAGCAUAGAGUCGGAGUUCGAGGAUCACAAGUGUGGGUCCGUUGAUGUUGACUUGGAACUUCGCCCCGGGCAAGAUUGCAGGGUUCUGCAAUUUAUGGACGAGAAAAGCGUCAGAUAUUACGACUCAAUCGGGUCUAGCACCUCCUACCCAUCUGCCAAGCUUCGAGAUAUCGGCAGAAAGGGUCAUCUAGUGAUGGUGCUGAUGUCGCUGCCCUCGGAUCGGCCAGCACACGUGGUACACUCAGCACCAGCCUCUUCUGCGUUGUUCGAAGAUCUAGAAAUUCAUCUUGGGUGUAAUGUGGUCAACCUGCUGAAGGUGACAGUCAGAGUUCGACAUGGACCUGGCAUUCUCACCACGAAACCUGGCUACAGCCCGCCUGGAAACGCUUGGAGGGAGCUGCGGGCAACGGCGAUUGUCAAAAGAUACGACAGCACGUCUAUCUGGUCUCUGGGGUGUUUGAGCCCAUCUCAUGUGGAUCUCUUCCCAACGAUGAUAUCUCACUGGGGCCGGGCAAGAGCGCACGACGCAGCCCACAGUCUCAUGCCAGUACUGCGGUCGGGGAACAAGUAUGGAGACAUGUUUUGCACAACUCCUCAGCUGCUGGCACGAAGGCAAGCACCAAGCAAUGAGAUUGAAGCAAAGCACGUACCACAGAGGCGGGCAAGUCUGCAACGAACGCCAUCCCCACAACCUUUGGUUGACCGGGCACCGCAAAUUUGGAUGUCGAUCAGACGUGCACACUCUGGCGAUCAACCCGGACCAUCCAUAGCUCAUGCCAAACGCAAUAUGAGUUCGGGUCAUACUUCAUUCUUUUCAACAACGGCGCCUCAAGCACUGCCCCGGAUUCACACACAGGAACCGCCUGAAAAAGAAAAUCGGAGCCUGUAUUGGUAGUAAAGCUAAGUCUUAUGGUCUCCCAGACAGCUCAGACAGUAGAUAGAAGACAGCCUUGGUUUCAAUGGAUAUCAACAACCCUUCCACGUGAGUAGUGGAGUACUUGAAAGAAAGUGUGCUUGUGUCAAUAAACCCAGAUGCGCGGCACCUGGUUCACGAUGC